GGCUUAGUGAACAAUCUAUGUUGUUACAAGCUUUUGUGUACAUGCAAUCUCUUACCCACAAAAAUCCAGAAUCUCCAACUCCUCCUCCAACUCCAUUGCAGUUAGAGAUGGGCAUUAUGCAACUUUUUGAACAUUGA